AUGCUUGUCAGUGCAGCAAUGAAAUGUCUUAAGAAAGUUGCUCCUGCUGGAAACAUGAUUGCAGUACAGGACUUAGCAGAAUCUAACAAGUUAGAGUUUCUGAGCCUAACAACCAAAGAGAAGAGAUUUUGGCCCUGGCAGAAACCCAAGUACCAACAUUUACAAGCCACCCUCGGAGACAUACUUACUGAAGACCACUUUCCGAGUCCAGUGGUUGUGGAGUCAGACUUUGGGAAAUACGCUGGCAAGUUUGAAGACCGUAUGACUGGGAUCCAUCAGAUGUUCUUGGAGAUUUUCGGGCUGGACCUGGGAUACAAAGGCCUGGUGGAGAGUGAGUUUUCAUUUAGAACCCUGAAGAUGCAGGAGCUGGACCUGAAGCAACUUACCCGAGACUCUGCUGAGAGAAGAAUAAAUCUGAAAAAUCCUGUGGUGCAGCAUGUGCUGGAGAACAAGAAGGUGCUAUGCGUCCUGGCAGGAAAGAUUGUGAUGACACAGCAGUGCACACUCCUCGAGAACACCUACCUUGGAAUCAAGUGUGAUGGUGCACUGGGGCUCCAAACCGGGACCAUGGAGGGGACAACGACGGAGAAUGGGGCCAUUUACAGAAAAUCCGAAGAGGCUCAGGAGAUCCCAGCUUUCACCUCGAUUGCCUACAGUGUCAUCGAGUUACAUGUGAAGGCGGAUGGCCAGUUUGAGUUCUGCACCCUCCCUGGGAAGCACGGUGGCUUUGAGGAUGAGAUAAGAAAGAGUUAUGCCCACCAGGGCGUCGUGAACUGGAGAAAAUCUUUCUUUUCUAACUUGAAAGAUGGCUUCCUUGCCAAUACAAGCAGGCUCUUGCCGGAACUGCUCAUGGCUCUCCUGGAUCUCUCCACGGGGAGAAAUUGGUGGUACUUCAGAGUCCAGAGAGGGGACAACGUCAGCUUGGCACUGUCCGACAGCCCUGGCUCUGCAUGGAAAGAAGAUGUUCUGCUCAUGGAGAAGGCUUUCCAUCCCUUCGUGGAGUUGCUGGAGCCCCAGAAGAAGGCUCUGAAUAAAAUUCUGCACGCAGUCCUCACGGACAAUGAGUUACUCACGGCUGUGGAAGGAGUGCUUGGUGAAAUGGCCAGUAACUUCUUGCCCCCGCCGCCGGCAGUGAUAGAGAAGCUGAAGCCCCCACAGCAGCAGCACCUCAAGACUUUGCUGCAGCUGGUGGGUUGCAGCCUGAAGGAGGGGCGCCCGGAGCAGGAGGAGGCCCUCCGCCAGCAGAAGCUCUUUUCAGCAGUCCACUUGUUGGUCAGCGCACUGGCAGAAAUCCCAGUCGGCGCAAUCAGUCUGCUGGACACUUGCUGGAAGCUCCAGAUUGUUCCCACACUGUGCCACGUGCUCCGCACCAUGACUGAUGAUGGGUUGUCUGAUCUUGAAGACCCAACCUUGGCUCCUCUGAAGGAUGCAGAAAACUUUAAGAUUGUGCAGCGUCUGUUUGGCCUGGCUCACAUCACGCUGGAGAAACUGCCAUCGUCUGUGCACAUCGUCAUGCCGAAGGAGCGCCGCGAUUCCCCCCUGAGUCUCUGCCGCACCCUCAGUGGGCUGUGCGCUUUAGGCAGCCCCCAAAAGUAA